CAGAGCUCUCGAAGUGCCAUCACAUGUACUUCAUUCUUGGUGACCUAACAUACCUGAUGGCCAAUGGCAGAAUAUUAUGUCAGUCAGAGGAACUUCAGAUUCACUUUGAUGAAUACAAAGUAAUGUGUGUGACUGGUGGGAAACUGUCUCGGGCCUUGCAAUCAAGAGAAGUGCACGAGGAGAGAGAAGCAAUGCCUGAACUUAGCCAAAAGCAGAAUAAGGCAUGGAAAUUGACAGUGGACACCUGGAAGUUAACAUUCCCAUAUGAGUAUAAUUUUGCUGAGGCAUUCAGUGAUGAUCUGCUGUCUGUGAUAAAAUGGAUUAAGUUGGUUCAUAACCAUCGUCCCAAAACCUUCACUUCUGACAGUCCACUGCCACCUGAUGUAGUUAUAAGGGUACGACACUGGCUAAUGGAGAUAGGUGAUGAUCCAUUUGAGGUAAAGCUGCGCUAUAACUAUGAGCUUUUGGAAGAUGAGUAUCAAGAGAGUUGUAAAAGACUUAAAGCUUUGGAUGCCAGGAUAGAGGAGCGACGUAAAACUAUGUUUCUUUUCCCAACUGGCAAGAUUGAAGAGCUUUACAAGAACCUACAAGAGAAAAAUAGUGAGACAUAUAUAAAGCGCUCCAAACUG